AUGAGCCUGGCGGCGCCAAAGAACGACAAAAGUGGUUCACUUUUCUAUCCAUUCCGAUUCGUUAUCAAUUUAUUCCGACUGUUUCUGAUAUGUUAUCGAUUAUUUCCAAGUGUGGCCACACUUUUCUAUCUGAGUCAUUUUAGCGACAUUAGCGACAAAGGAAAAAAAAUUAUAAACAAAUCCAAUGGCAACAUUAAAAGACUGCUUGUUUGUGCAUUUCUCACAUGCCUGGGCAUGACAUUUCUGAUCUUGGCCUGCGCCGUUCCAACUCCGAAGAUCUUCUAUCCAUUCUUUGUUUUACUCUUCUACGCACUGUCCGUCCUGCCAGUAUUUAUAGCCAAAAGAACCACACCACUCAAUGAGACGAAUCCAAAGGUAGAAUUUGCACUCUUCCUCACAGCUGGCAUGAUAUUGAGUGCCUUUGCUUUGCCCAUUGUUUUGGCCCACUCAUCAGUGAUCACCUGGACUGCUUGCACGUUCACGAUAAUUGCAAAUAUCAUUAACUAUGGAACAAUGUUUGGUUACACCUUCAGAGAAGAGGGAUUGGAUGCGCCUUAUGGCGGUAUGUUCUAGACGGCAGUUUUUGGGAUUCUUUAGUUAUAAGCGCAUGUACGAAGUCAAUCUCAGCUAUUUAAAAAUAUAAUGUAUUCACAAUUAACAGACAUUAGUUAAUAAACACCAUAAAUAACAUCA